AUCAGUCAGAUACUUCAUUCCUUCAGCUAUCUCCAUGCACAUCCGGACCAGAUCCCCAAAUGUUAACCCCUAUUCAAUACAGAGAGAAAUGGUUGUCUUCAACUUGCCAAAACACGUACAACAGGAAAAUCAUCAAAGUUGGUUGGGUGGACUCUCUUUGCUCUAAGGAAGGUCUUGACAGAUCCAUUGGCCAUGAAUGGUAGGAUGAUGUAAGGAGAAUUGUCGGGAGUGUCGAAACACACUCCCAGGAGACCGAGAACGUGAGGAUGCUGGAAGUCCUUCAUAAUCAGACUCUCUGCUAGAAAUGACUGCAGCUG